UGCAACACAAUUACAAACAAGCCACUUACAGAGGGACAAACAUGGACAGCACAUAUGCUCUGCUAGAUGAUGAAGAAGAGGAAGAACCCAAGUUCCGGAUAGUCCUCGUUGGGAAAACUGGAGUUGGGAAGAGCGCAACAGGAAACACCAUCUUAGGAACAAGAACUUUUAUAUCCACAACAUCUCCUUCCACAGUAACGUUAGAGUGCCGAAAGGAAACGGGAGAAUUUGGUGGUCACGCGCUGGCUGUCAUUGAUACUCCGGGUCUGUUCGACACCAGCAAAACUGAAAAGGAGGUGAAAAGAGAGAUCGCUAGAUCAAUCUCAUUUGUUGCUCCUGGUCCUCAUGUGUUCCUGGUUGUGCUCCAGGCUGGCAGAUUCACAAAAGAAGAACAAGAAACAGUGAAAAUCCUUCAGAAGGUGUUUGGAGAAACAGCAGCACAGUACACUAUGGCCUUGUUCACACAUGGAGACAAUCUGGAGGCCGACGACAUGAACAUAGAAACAUUUAUCCAUAAAAGUAAAGCUCUCAAUGACUUCCUCGAUCAGUGUCAGAGAAGAUAUCAUGUUUUUAACAACAGAAAGAAAGAUCCCACUCAGGUCAGAGAGGUGUUGGAGAAGAUCAACACAAUGGUUCAGAGAAACGGAGGAAGCUGCUACACCAAUGAAAAAUUCCUGGAGGCAGAGAAAGCCAUAAAAGAGGAGAUGGGCCGACUUCUGAAGGAAAAUCCAGGCAUGACACCCCAGGAAGCACGGAGACUGGCAGAGAAAGACAACUGGUUCAUCCAGGCCGUUGUGGCUGCUGCUGGAGCAAUUCCUGGUAUUGGUCUGGGAGCUGGUGUUGGACUUGCUGUUGAAGUUGCUAUUGGAGCAGGUGUUGGAGCUGUAGGAGGCCCAAUUGGAGCUGCAGUGGGAGCUGUAGUGGGAGCUGUAGCUGGAGCUACAGUUGUGGCCGUGAAAAGCGGUGCAUGUCCUAUACAGUGAAAUUCAUUUAGCUGUGACUCAUUAAAGUCAGCUUAACAU